CUGCUUUGUGUGUUGGACGUGUGCUUUUGGGAGAUCGCAGCAAUAUAAGAGGGAAUAAUGGAGGGUUUAGGAGGUAGACUCACACUGAUGGUGAAAACCUUCAGGAGGGAGUGCCACAGGGUCUUGCAGUCUGAGAGGACUACCAUUCAUGGAGCUGAUGGUAUGCUUAUGGUGCUGCAACUGGCCAUGGCAGAAGUGAAUAAACAGCAUGGCGGAGAGUUCAAAGUGGCUCUGAGUGAUGUCCUGAUGGCCUGGAAACACUUAUUGUUAGACAAACUUCACCUGCCACCCCCCAGUUUUGCACGCUUGGAGAACUAUGAUCUCAUCCUGGAGGCAUACGAGUCCUUCCUGAAACGCUCCAACACCGUGGACCUGGUUGAUAUCCUCUCCAUGUACAAACAGCUGAGGCUGGUGGACUCUGAUCCAGAGGAGCCUCUGAGCCCGAUCCAGCUGUUUGACUUCCUAUCAGGCAACGUAGACAUCCCAGAGUUGCCAGACUCUGCGGUCCCCUCAACACCAUCUAGUAAAGAGAGGUCCUGCAGCUCACAGGUGAAAAUGGCAGUAAGACAGGUUUUCUGCUCCUAUCUUGAUUUGCUUGUAAACACCAAGAAUGACAUCGCCUUGGCACUAAUCCUCGACGUUCCCAGUCGCAGUCUUGGACGGCAGGCAUUUACUGACAUCAAGCAUGCAGCACGCAACAGCAACACUUCUCUCUUCUUGGCCAUGACAUCGUUCGUUAGGGCCCUCCAGCUCGGAGGGAAGGGCUACGCUCCAGCUGAAUCUGACCCACUGAGGAAACAUAUCAAAGGCCUGUCUGACUUUGUCCAGUUUGUAGACAACCUGGAAGAAAUACUGGGGGAGAUCCCCGACCCAAGUGAAUGUGGAGCCAGGCUGGUGACCGCCAUCAGGGCGGUGCUGGUGAAGGGCCGCGGCAGUGGAGAUGCUGUGUACGCUGCAGCUGAGGAGACUGCACAGGAGCUAAAGGAAAGGAUCUGCCAGCUACACACGAUCCAGAAGCAGUCUGUUAGUGGAAGCGGGACGGGGAUAAGUCCUGCAAGGCCAAAAGCAUAUGCAGUCAAUCAUUCUACUGCAUAUGGAGGUCGGGACACUGUGAAGGUGCUGAUGGCACUGCUGGAUGAAGAAGCCCUGACUCCCCCGUGUCCAAACAAGGCUGACCUGCUGUCUGAAGAUCAGCCUGUCCUCAGUGGAACAGAGAGAACCUCCAUCCUCACACUGUACAGAUCCCCUGAAAUGUCUACUGGAUGUUCUCUAGAAUCCCUAAGGAACCGAGUCCAGAGCCGACUAGACCUGCUCAAACCCAAGGUUCGAGAGAGAGUCAUCCGAUCCCAGUUUGCCUGCACAUACAAAGACGAAGAGCUCCCUCUCAACCGUGUGCUGGAUUUCCCAAGCACAAGCCAGGUCCCUACCUGCGUGCAACCAGCACCCAAACCAAAAACCACCACAUCUGUGGAGGACGGGUGCAGCUGUGACGUGGAGGACACAACUAAAGCUGUUUCAGACAAGCAAUCCUCUGAAUGUACAAAUAAGGUGCAGAAUGAAAUUCGGCGGGGAGCUGCUCUCAAGCCAAGAAGUGGAAAUGCUCCAAAACAAGGUGCAGGCCAUGUUAAUGGAAAAACGACUGGCAUUCAGAUACAAAGCAGGGGUAACAAGAGGAAGCAGCUGGAUUCGGACCAACACGGCAGAUCCGAGAAUGUGCCUCCGGAGAAGAAACAGCCCACUUGUGUGCCAGUCAAAAUGCCUGGCAAAAGUGCCAGCAAGGCCUUAAAUAAGAAGAAGCUCAUAGCUGGACAAGGAAAGCUGACCAGCUUCUUCAGAGUCUAACCACUAUUUACACUAAUAAUGACUUUCUAUAAGAUGUUCACACAAAGUGGCUGACUCUUGUGUAGCAAGUGCCAUUUAGGAUUAUUUCUCAUUUAAGCUCUUGGGUCUUCAAAAAUGUUUUACAUGUGGAGAAACUCUUAUUUUGCGUUUUUUUUUUUUUUUUUUUUAAAUCAGGGUUUGGUAACCUUUCAUUGGCAAGCCCAAGGUAUACAUUGCUGCACUUAAAAUGUCCUUGUGAUUGGUUGCUAACAGUUUGCAUGAAAUAUGCCAACUUAUCUGGAAACAGUUGCAGACUACUCACCAAGCGGUAGUGAAACUGCAAAAAGUGUGAUGCAAAACGUUUACAGCUCAGAGUAAAUGGCGAGUGUUUGCAGACAAGUCAGCGUCUUUUUUUGCUGACUUUUCGGGAACUACCAUCUCCAACACCAAAUGCAUGUGUUAUAGUAUGCAGCUAGCAUAAAGAAGCAAUUAUCAAUUAGUGUAAAGGCAGAAAAAGGAGAGAAGUGGCUACAGUUAUUAGCUAGAAUUGCAAAUCUUAAUUAAAAACGUAUCGAAAUAUCGUGUUUCUGGUAUUGGCUUUAUUAUUUUUUUAAUUUAAUUUAUUUAUUAGAAAAAAUUUAUUUUAGUCUGCCAUGUUUCUACCCAUAUAAUGUCAAAAACUUGGCAAGUCAUGUAUUAACAUUUUUGCUGACUUUUUACAUUUUUUUUUUUUUUUGUAUCCCCAGUUGAGUUUUCCAUCUUUCAAACAACAAAUGAAUCCACCAUAACAUGUACCUAGUGCUCGCAUAAAAGCUGUUAAUAUAGAUUGGAUAAAGUUAAAAAGUGGAGCGAUAAUGUUUGCAUUUUAUCUAGGUCCUAGCUAGUUGCUAGUUAGUUGUCCAAGUAGUUAGCAUUUCCUAGCAGUAGCUUAAGGUUUAGCUUACAAUUGAACAACUGAGAAAAAGUAUCAAGUCUUGAUCAGUGGUUUCAUAAGUGCUGUUAUACAUUUUAAGCAAAAGGAAAUUGUAAUUUUCAUCUGUUUAGCUUAGCAUGAUAAUAAAUCAGCUUAUUGUAUUCUAUUGUAUUCAUUUCAUUACUUGGUUUAUAUUUUAGAAUAGAUAGCCAUUUGCUAGCAUCAACUUUAGAUUCAGCUUACAGAUCAGUUUUUGUACAUAUUAAACACCCAAGAUAAAAUAUCAUAUACUAAUUAGUGACUUUGUGAAUGCUGUUAAGACUUUGAUAUUUAAAGUUAAGUUUGAUUGCACUUUAUCACUAAUCAUUUUUAAGAUGAGUCUAAAGAAAGCUUACUGUGGAAGGGGAAUGUAAUCACUACUUUUACAUUUCAGUUUCCUGUAAAAUUCCACCAUUUAGUUCCUCUCUUUAAAAU